AGAACAAUUAAUGUCAAUACAAUUGUCACCGUCGUUUUCUUGUUGAAGAGUGUAAUUUAUUGUUUUUAUUAACAAAUUACUGAAUAAAUACUUCACCAAAUAAUAUGAGCAUUAGCAGCGCGUGACAUCUAUCAAUAUACUAAUAUUUACGACGAUCUGUUGUAAAUAUUGAUUACUAACCUUAUAAUUGUAAUGAAAAUAGAUUCCCUGCGGGGUGUUUAUAUUGUUAUUUAAGGGUCUUUAGAUACUCAAAAUGAGUUAUAAUUCGGGCGGAAGUGGUAGUAAGGGGUUUGGGUUCGCUGGUUUCACGAUGCCGAAGCGCAAUCCGUCGAACGUGUCGCUUCACGCGGUGCCUCCGCCGACGACGCCGAUGCAUGCCGUGCCGCCGCCGACGACGGGGCUGUCGAAGCAGGGCUACUCCACCAUGAGCUCCAUCACACAAAACGCCGUCACCGGGAACUGGGGCUCGCUGGGCAAGAAACGAUCCAAGACAGAGGAUGAAUAUUUUGAUGAAGAUGAUGAGCCGCCUACACCAGCCCUGGCCUAUAUCCCAGCUCCUGGAAGCCCAACAUAUGAAGCUGCGUCUAGCUCCAAGCCUGAAGAUGAUGAUGAAGAGGAUCCCCUAGACGCGUACAUGGCGGGCCUGGAGCAGCAGGCAGCAAAGGACCUGGUGGCCAGUAAGGAGAAUGCGGCCAGCGGCAAGGGCGACAGCGGGAGAGGGACUCGAGGGGACAUUGAUGAGAUGGAUGAUGAAGAGAGCUAUUAUAAAUAUAUGGAAGAAAAUCCUCUAAAUAACGGCGACGAUGGCUCUGAUGUGGAAAUAGAAUACGACGAGGAUGGCAACCCCAUUCCGCCACCAAAGAAGAAGUUUAUUGACCCACUACCGCCUAUAGAUCACUCGGAGAUCACGUACGAGCCCUUUGAGAAGAACUUCUACACGCCACAUGAAGAUAUAGAGAACCUCACUCCACAGCAGGUUGAGGAGCUAAAGAAGAAUUUAGGUGUAAAGAUCUCGGGCCCGGACCCGCCGCGGCCGGUGAGCAGCUUCGCGCACCUGGGCUUUGACGAGCAGCUGAUGCGCGCCAUCCGCCGCUCCGAGUACACGCAGCCCACGCCCGUGCAGGCGGCCGGAGUGCCCGCCGCCCUGUCCGGCAGGGACCUCAUAGGUAUCGCGCGCACGGGCUCGGGCAAGACGGCCGCGUUCCUGUGGCCGCUGCUGGUGCACAUCAUGGACCAGAAGGAGCUCGCGCCCGGAGACGGACCCAUAGGCCUCAUCCUAGCGCCCACCAGGGAGUUGGCGCAACAGAUUUACAUGGAAGCGAAACGUUUCGGCAAGGUGUACAACAUCAGGUGCGUCUGCUGCUACGGUGGCGGCUCCAAGUGGGAGCAGGUCAAAGCUUUAGAAGGUGGUGGUGCUGAGAUCAUAGUGGGUACUCCAGGGCGUGUGAUAGACCUGGUCAAGUGCAAGGCCACCAAUCUCAACCGCGUCACAUACUUGGUGCUGGACGAGGCUGACAGGAUGUUUGACAUGGGUUUCGAGCCGCAGGUGCGGUCGCUGUGCAGCCACGUGCGGCCGGAGCGGCAGGCGCUGCUGUUCUCGGCGACGUUCCCGCGGCGCGUGGAGCGGCUCGCGCGCGACGCGCUGCACGACCCCGUGCGCGUGCAGCACGGCGCCGCCGGGGAGGCCAGCCAGCUCGUGGCGCAGCACGUCCGAAUAUUCAACAAACCCGAGGACAAAUGGCCGUGGUUACUGCGUCACCUGGUCGAGUUCCUCUCAGCAGGCAGUGUGUUGAUUUUCGUCACUAAAAAGCUAGAAGCAGAGCAGACGGCAGCUAACCUGGGCGUGCAGCAGUACGAUGCGUUACUACUGCACGGUGACAUGGAGCAGGCCGACAGGAAUAAGGUCAUCACAGCGUUCAAACGGAACGAGAAUAAUAUACUAGUCGCCACUGAUGUUGCAGCCCGUGGUCUGGACAUCCCGCACAUCCGCACGGUGGUGAACUACACGGUGGCGCGCGACAUCGACACGCACACGCACCGCGUGGGCCGCACGGGCCGCGCCGGCGUCCGCGGCGACGCCUACACGCUGCUCGACCGCGCGCGCGACAAGGACUUCGCCGGGCAUCUGCUCAGGAACCUCGAGGGGGUGCAGCAGGAAGUGCCUGAAGAGCUCAUGCACUUGGCGAUGCAGUCGGCUUGGUUCCGAAAGUCUCGCUUCAAGAAGGGCAAGGGGAAAAACUUGAAUGUCGGAGGCUGUGGUCUAGGGUACAAGGAGCGGCCCGGGCUGCCGGCCCCGCAGGAGGAGGUCCCCGGCCUGGCCGUGGGCGAGCGCGCGCCCGGCCCCGCUACUGACAGACUGGCCUCGCUGAAGGCCGCUUUCCGCUCACAAUAUAACCAGUUCACGGCAUCCACAGACCACUCAUGGGAACAGACGCGGCCCGCCAUCCAACCCGGAGUCAACGCGCCCGCAGCACUCGCAGAAGACCGCGAGGACCGGGACGAGAGGCAAGCCCGGGAGGAGAGAGAGGAGAGGGCGGAGAGAGUGCGAAAGAGUGGCAAGAGAAGUCGCUGGGAGUAAGAGAGACAGAGGAACAUACACAGACUUACCACACUCGUAUCGUCAACGUGAUUUGUUAACGCCUUUAUGAAUAUAAGAUAAGUUCUCUAUACUUGGCCAAAAAUAAAACGAAUUUACUUGACAGACAGAAAUAACCAAAUUGUUUUGAAAGAAAUGAAGAAAAAAUAUUUGGGACAAACGGCAUAUAGAAUGGCAUGGAGAUAUAAUAUGAAUUCCUUAGUAUUGUGACGUUAACGAUACGAAUAGUUUACGCUAGUAGCGUUUAGUGACCGUGCUAAAGCUACGUGCCUGCAUGCUGGGCAACACUCGCAGUAUGAUACGUUAGAUUGAGUCAUUGUCACGUGUUUUGGAGAGAAGUUUCCAACUAAACAAAAAGUAAGAAAAAAUAUGCAAAAAAUAGUUUAUAGGGUAAUUUCACACCCAGAAGAUGUGAUUUAGUCCUAUGGCAUCAAAUUAGUAGGCCCCACGAAUAUGUUUAUCUGAAAUUAUUAAUAUAGUAUUCUAGAAUUCUAUAUAUCAACCUCUGUGAUUUGUAAAAGCACCAUAAACAAAGUACCUUUUCCCCAAAACAUGACAAAUGACAGUUGUUUUUUAAGAGUUAAAAAUAAAGUAAUAUAAAAAUCGUUUUAGCACUCCAAUAUAUUUUAAAUAAUUACUAUUUAAUGGCUGAAAUCAUUUAAGACUAAAUAUUAUUAUAUAAAUGUCGUUCCCGUAUAUUAUUGAUAUAGAUAAUGUAUUUUCUUACAGGAUACCCAUAUGUAGCGAUUGAUAACGAAUUAAUUUCUUAUAUAAGUAUUAUAUGCAUAGUUUAUAUAAAUAUAGAAUAUCAUUAUAUGUUUAAAAUGUAUAUCGGCACUUUGGACUGACAAAAAUAUUUAUUUCGCAACAUUAUUAAAAUGGUCCCUUUGUAAUGUAUUUACGUGUCGCUCUAAAGAUUAUGCGUUAAUUAUUAUUAUAACUUUCGGAUUCAUGAUUAUUCAAUUAAUAAAGGUUUAUUCAUGC